AUGCGCCUCUACAUCCCCGUCGAACCGCCGCCCACUCCCGCGCCAUCACCGAGACCAGAGCAGGAUAAUCCAGCCAGGUUACAGUACCUUGCCUCGAUUUUACACACUUGCACCCCAUCAGAACUUCGUUUCAUAUCACUUUCAAUCGCACCCCUCCUCAAACGAGAUUUUCUGCGAGACUUGCCCAUCGAACUCGGGCUGCACAUUUUAAGCUAUAUUCAUGACCCUAACUCCCUCGCAUAUCUCAGCCAGGUCUCCAAGUCAUGGCGGCAAGUCGUACGUGACGAGAGCGUGUGGCGAAGAAUGUGUGAUCUCUACCAUUUCCCGACCGGCACCCGCCCAAGUAGUGGCAGGAACGAACCGCUGAAGGAACUCGAAGAAUUUGCUGACAAACCCAUGGAUCCCGCCCUCGAAUGGCUGGCCUCAAGGCCAUUCAAAUAUCACUAUAUGACAUUGCAAAACUGGCGACAUGGAGGGCACCUGCUACGAGAAUUCUCCGUUCCAAUGGGUUCGAACGAACGGGAGGGCGGGGUGAUCACGUCGGUUGCACUAGAUUCGGAGUGGGUUGUCGUGGGCAGUGCGAACUCGAAGAUCCAUGUAUUCAGUGCGAGGACGGGGGUACUGCAUCGAGUAUUAGUAGGUCAUACCUCGGGAGUAUGGAGUGUGGGGUUAGUGAGCCGGGGUGGAAGACCACUGAGGCGGCGCGCAGCAGAUGGGGAUGGGGAGGCCUGGGUGAGUUUUUUGCCAGCUUCACACAGGGAAGCACUUGGGCUCGAUCUGGACGAUGAAGGGGCCUCUGAUGGCGAGGAGACGACGAGUGAGCCUGGUGGGGCGUCAGAAGGGUGGGGACAGCCAAAUGCAAUCGUCGUCAGCGCUGGUUGCGACCAAGUUAUCAAAGUAUGGGAGGUGGAACAUGGCAAUUGCAUCCACACGCUGACAGGGCACACGGCGACUAUUCGAUCGCUGAAGCUCCUCCAUCGCUCGCCUACGGCUGUAACAGGAGCGAGGGACAGGACUGUGAGAGUGUGGGACAUACAGAAGGGGCGGAUGUUGAGGGUCUUGGAAGGGCACGAAGAUAGGGUACGGUGUGUAGAGGUCUGCGGAAGGAGAGCCGUCAGCGGCAGUUAUGACGGGACAUGUAGGAUGUGGGACAUCGACACGGGCAAAUGUAUACACGUUUUGACUGGUCACCGCAAUCAGGUGUACUGCGUCGCGUUUAACGGAGUCUACAUUGCAUCUGGGGGACUUGACACCGUCGUUCGAGUCUGGAGCGCAGAGACUGGAGCCUGUCUGUCUAUCUUAGCGGGGCACACCGCGCUUGUCUCCCAGCUUCAACUGUCGCCUGCGUCACGCGAAGAGAUGGCGAGGGCGAGGAAUAGGUCGUCAGUCCAUAUUGGUUCAGGUUCAUCUUGGGAUGUGACCGACGCUCACUUUCCCUCGUAUACAUAUACAUCGCCAACUAGUACUUCACCACCAAACCCAACAUCAAAUUCAAACUCUCUUUCACAAUCGCAUUCAAGUCCAAAUCCUGCCCUCAACCUCCCCUCCACGCGCCCGAUUCUCGCCACUGGUGGCUCCGAUGGGCGGGUUAUUACCUAUGACAUUGAAUCCAGGCAGGUAGUCCACCGGAUCGCGGCGCACGAUGCGGCUGUCAUGGCAUUGCAGUUUGAUGAGUAUUUUAUUGUGACGGCAGGGUCUGACGGUCGGGUAAGGGUUUUUGAGACAGGGAGCGGGAGGUUGGUGAGGGAUUGGUAUGGGAAUGUGGGCAGUAGUGGAUAUGGGUAUGAUGUGUUAAGUGACGUGGACCCAGCGACGGGGAUGACGAAUAUACCUACGCCGAGAUAUGAGAACGUGUGGAAGGUCGUCUUUGGGGGGUCGUUGUGGGGUGCUUCAGCCACGGGGAUUGGAACGACGACGAUGGACCUUGACAAGGGCACUAUUGGCGAUGUUCCGGAUGGUGGCGGUGACGGGCUUCGUAAGAGGGAGAGAGGGCGUGGACGCGAUAUAUGUGCGGUUAUGUGCCGAAAGCCGGGAGGAAGGACGGUGGUGGAAAUUUGGCGGAUGAGCCCCGACAUGGAUGUGGCGCCAGCGUCAGCGCAACAGUGGAGUGGUGAAGCCAAAGAUGAAGAAGACGCGGCGGCCGGUUAG